GGUGACCACAAUUUUCAGGAAGAAUAAGAAGAAUUACCAUAUUAGGAAACAAUAUAUCUUCUUUUUUGCUACCAUAUAAAACUCAACUGAAUAGGUUUCACCCACAUUCUAUCGGAAAGAUGUCGAAACUCAGAUCACCAUACCAAUGUCUCAAGCAAUGUGGUAAUUAUCUCGUAGCAGCGCGAGGCUCAAGUAUAGACACUUUUGAUGUCAGGAAUGGUUCGUACCUUUCAACAUGGAAGUCUCCAGUCGCAGAAAGUAUGAACCGAUCGAACACAACCGAACAAGAGACGCAAACCAAAAACGAGGACCAGAAUUCAGACACAGCAACUCCAGAGUUUAUAUUGGAUUCAUCAACUCCGCCAGCAAAGAGACGGAAGUUAUCUAUCACCAAAGGAUCCGGAGAAAAGACCGUUGUGGUACAGCAAUCAAAGAAGAAGACGAAGAACUCAUCACCUAAGAUUUUUGAGCCUUCGCCCAUUACUGCUUUAACUGUCACAAGAGACCUUCAACACGUGAUCGCAGUUACCGGCGAGGAUAAAACCAUCAGAGUGCUGGCUUGGGACGAUACAGCAAACAAGGGAUUGAAACAAAUCAGUGAUCGGUAGGUUUAAUUUACUUUCACAAAGUGAUUCUGACUGAUAAUUUCAGUACUAUGCCCAAACGACCAUGCGCUCUAGCCAUUACCGAUGACUGUAAUACCAUAAUCAGCGCCGACAAAUUUGGGGAUGUGUAUUCUCUCCCUCUCAUUCCAUCACCUUCGGUUCCUUCGGCUAAUGAAAAUGCUUCUAUCCAAAAACAUGCCCCAAAGAUGUUUCAACCUUCAGCCAAUGCACUUACAGUACAUUCGGCGCGCAAUUUAAAAGCUCUUGAGGCUCAAAAGAAACAGUCUAAUAAAGUGUCUGAAAAAACCGGUCCAGAUUUCGAGCACAAGCUACUUCUUGGUCAUGUUUCCAUGUUGACGGAUAUCUUGGUGGCUACCCUGUCAGAUCGCCAAUAUAUCCUCACGGCCGAUCGUGAUGAGCAUAUUCGUAUUAGUCGUGGAAUUUCUCAGGCACAUAUUAUCGAGAAUUUCUGUCUCGGCCACAUUGAAUAUGUUAGUCGAUUAUGUAUUCCUUCUACAAGACCAGAAAUUCUUAUUUCUGGCGGUGGUGACGACGAUCUAUACAUUUGGAAUUGGCUUAGUGGAUCUUUGCUGUCAAAAACAAACCUCAAGUCUCAAGUCGAGGCACUUGAUACAGAAGACCAAAAAAGCGCACAAGAAGCCGAGCCUAAAAAGAUUGCAGUAACUGGAGUUUAUCAUGCUAAAGAUGAAGUAACUAAUCAAGAUAUCAUCAUAGCUACUUCUGAAGGGUAAGUUCCCCCUCCGGCCCAAAAUCAUGACUAACCCCCAAGCUAACAAAAUCUCCAGUGUCCCAGCUGCCUUUAUCUACAUUCUCACGACGUCGAACCAACUCACCCAUACUCAGACCCUCGCUCUACCAGGCAACGCCCUCUCUUGCAAUUUUAGUAACCCCACCCUGUCGUCCCAAUUCUCCCUCAUCAUCUCUAUCGAUAACAUCCACGAACGUAGUUCAAUCACCACCCUCAAGGAUGCCAACUCCUCAGUUACAAACCCUCUACAAUUUUUCAAAUACGAAAAUGAGAAAUUCGUUAGCGUGCAACAGGAUGGAUUUGCACCGCAGGAUAGCAAGGGAAUUUUGGAUGACCAGCAGAAGAAUAACUUAUGUGGACUGUUGUAUAACGUUGGCAAUUUGAGGAAGAUGGAGGAUGAGGAAUAAACAAGUCCAUGUGUGUAUGCUAGUUAGCUGGCGAUAGAUCAUUCAAAAGGGAAAAUACCCCAACGAAAUUAUUACACCAUCCAUAUAUGACCAUUUCUUCA